CCCUCCUCUGCUAGGCAAAGCAAGCAGCAUGAUGAACCCAGACGAUGGUGAUUCGGAGGAACUGGAGGCCGUCCCAUCGGACAUGUUUGACAGCGGCCCUUCGCCCGUGUCGGCGCUAGGCUGGGCGACAGGAGCUUUCAAGGGGGUUUCCUCGCGAGUAGAAGGCGUGUCGUCAAGGAUGUCUCUGCGGGCGAAGGACAUGCUGUCCUCGGUGGCCGACGACCACGACAACUACAACGGCUCCUCCUCCCCCCACUCCAACGGCUCUGCAUCCGGCGCUGCUCGCAGCAACGGGACUCUCGGCCUCUUCAACAACGGCAGCAGCAGCAGCGCCAGCGGCAUCCUCAACGGCAUCGCGGACGAGGUGCCGGCGGUGCCGGCAGUAGACGAAGCCGAGGUGUCACGAUUGGUCGCGUCGAUGGACUCGACCACGCAGCUGGCGGAGAAAAUGGUCGCCAUGAACAAGCUGUCGAACGUGCUGGGGGAUGGUGCGGGGCAGGCGUCUCAGAGCGCCCUCUGCUCCGUGGCAGAGGUGCUGGUAGCGCUGUUGCGCGACGCCGAGUACUUCGACCCGUUCUUUGCCAACGCCUGCAUCGCCUGCGCGCAGCAGCUAUUGGAGGCUCAGGGAGAAGCGUUUGCGGCGGAAAUGGUGAACGCUGGGGCGGCGCAAGCGUUGUUACCGCUGCUGGACCCUAAGUUCGAGCUCAUCCGUAUAGAAGGCUUGGCGUGCUUGGAAGCGCUGCUAGUGGCAGAGCGCGCGAAAGUGUGCUCCCAGAUCGUGGGCGUUCCAACGGGUAUGCAGGCGUUGGUUGAUCUCCUUGACGAUCGGUGGGACGAGGUCCGUCAUCAGACGGUGUCGCUGCUGGCGGCGUUUUUGACCGAGCAGGGGGGCGUCCCCCCCCCCGUCAACCUGCAAAACUUCGUGGCGUUUGAAGAUGGCUUCGACAAGCUCUUCAAAGCAGCCGAUGCCGGCGAGAUAUCCGGAGACUUCUCCCUGAAAGCCCUGGCAGCUGUCAGCGGCGCCCUGACCGACAACCCGCUAUCCCGGAAGCUUUUCUUGGCUGGGGGGCACCUCCCCCGUCUCCCGGCGCUCCUGUCCAUCCUCAGACCAGGGGACGUCGCGGAACAUCCCCUGGUUCCACCGCCUCAGCAGCAGCAGGCCGCCAUGAGCAGUCGCCGCCGAUGGGGCUGGGGUAGAGACAAGGCCCAGGAACCGUCAGUGGCUAGGGGCGAGGGGAACGGUAGCGAGGGAGGUAACGGUAAAGGGCCGCCGUCCAGCGGGGGGGGGCGGGCUGCUGUUGCUGUUGCGCCCCGCCCUUCAUUAUCGUUUUCGCAGCAGCAGCAGCAGCAGCAGCAGCAGCAGCAGCAAGCAGGCGGCGAUGUGGAGGAAGGCGGCUGGUCAGGCCAGGUCCCGAUCCCUCGUAUCCGCGCGGCGCUGUCCCUGGUGUCGGCACUCGUAGGCUGUGGUCGACAGGUAGGCGUGACUGUCUCUGAGGAGGCACCGAUGGUCGCCGCCGCCGGUGAUAAGCAGGGCUUGUCGGCGGGGUUAGGCGCUACUGCGAGCACGGCGGCGGUGGCUGGGAACGAGGUUCUGUCGGCGGUGGGGAGGGAGGAAGGGCUGCUGGAAGCGGUGUGUGAGCUGGCGCUGGCGUCCCCGCUUGCCCCCGCGGGAGGCGGGCCGACGUGGUCGGAGUACGGGUUGCCCGCGGACUGCCAGAGGUCCGCCAUGGAAGUCCUGGCCGUGCUCGUCGCGAGACACCCGGCGAAUCAGUCGUGCCUCUCUCGGUGUCAAGUCCGAGGCGCUCCCAUGUCCGUGACGCUGCACGGCCAGAAGCAGCUCGUCAGCUCCGAGCCCCGCAACGUCGUGGACGCUCUUCUGGAGCUGUGGCUAGCGGCCUCAUCGGCGAUGGAAGACGGGGCGACGGCAGCAGCAGGAGCAGCAGCAGCAGCAGCAGCAGAGGCAGCAGAGACAGCUGCCGACAAUGAAAUAAACGCCACCGCUGAGGUGGCACUGCUCGAUAGGACCCUCGAUGCGUUCCUAUACGGCAACACCGAGUGGUGCAAAUCGGUUCUCGCCGGAGUCGCCGCGAAGCACGCCUCCGCCGCAAGAAUAGGGGACGCUAGCCAAAGCGUCCCCCCCCCCGCGUCUACCGGGAACCCGUCCUCCGCCUCCCGCGGCAACGAUCACGUCCCCGUUGCAAACGGAACUAGCAAGGAGCAGGACGUCGGAGGCGUUGCCGUCAUGUCCACCGUCGCCAAGAUAGGCCUCCUGUGCGUCCGCGCCUCCUCAGCCGGCGCUCCCCGGUCAUCAACGCGCGGCGAGACGGAGGCUGACGGUGGCGGCGGAGAGGACGACCCCCUGGCGGCGGCGCUACGCCUCCGUCUGCUCCGGCGCGUGCUGCAGGCGGGCGGCGCCGACGCUCGCGCGAUAGCCGCCAGCGUCGGCUUACCAACCGGGGCUGCUGCCGUGCGACGGGGUGGUGAGCGCGCGCGGGAGUCGAGGGCGGGGGAAGGCAACGGCCGGGAAGAGCCGAGCGGAGUCGAGGGUCCGAUCGAGGAAGAGCAGUGGGGAGA